CGGUCUUAAUAUUCAUGAGUCGAGCCUUCGCCGUAGUAGACACACUAGUGGUCCACUGACGGGCUGAGUCUGCUGUGAGGAGGGGAGAUGGAUGCGCCGCCGCUGUCUACCGGCUGUGUGAGUGAGAUGGAGGCCGGUGGAGAUGGAGAGGGAGAGGCUCGGGAGGAGAGCGCGGAGUGCCUGAGACUCACUGCAGAGAGAGAUGAGGCUGAAAGGCAACUCAAGCACAUUAAACGAGUUUCCCAAAUGGUGAUCGAGGAGGUGAACGUACUACAGACCCAGCUUGAGAUUGAGAAAUCUUGCCGGGAAAAUGCAGAGGCUCUGGCCACCAAGUUGAACUGUGAGAACAGGAAGCUGAAGUAUUUGAGCCUGUCAUCACGGCCGUGUCUGGAUGAGCUGCUCCCCAGUAUUUCUGACUGCAUUUCCCUAGAAGAGGAGACCGAACAACAAGAUCCCAGCUCUGACCCCUUUUCUCAGUAUAAGCAGCAGGUCAAAGAUCUCCAAGAAACUGUGAGUUCUUUGCUGGAGGAGAAGAAGCAGUUGGCUUGUCAGCUUCAAGAGCAGCAGAGGCGGAUAGAGGAGCUGACAGCACUUACUGAAAAGGAGCAGGCUGAGAUGAAGGAAUUUUAUAAAACCAUUGAGCAGCAAAGCAAGACCAUUAAGAGGUUCAACAGAGUGUCUAUGAUGGCCACUCAGGAGUAUGAAAACAUGAAGGAGCAGCUGGACCUGGAGCAGAGCCUCAGGCAGAAAGCAGAGACCUAUGCACAUGAGAUGAUGGUGAAGCAAAAAGAAGCAAACAGACAGAGCAUGAUUCUGCUGCAACAGGCAGAUCCCAGCAUUCAACUGCUUAAAGCUUUAGAAGAUGUGGCCAAUGUGACUAAAACAUUAGAAGAAGAGAGAAUACAGCACCAAGACAAGGUAAAGGCUCUAGAGGCUGAACUGGAAGAAUGUGCUUUGCGUAAGCAGCUAGUUCAACUGCAAAGGCAACUAGAGAUAUUAGAUGAAGAAAAGAAAGAGACAGAGGGACGACUGCAGGAGGAAGAGAAGAAAAACACUAUUUUGGAAAAGAAAGUUAAAGAGCUGCAGGAGGCGAGUAGGAGCUGUGAUUCAGCAUCAGGCCCUUCCCCUGGGACCGCUCCUCCCCCGGCCCCUCCUCCUCAACCACCUCCACCUCCCCCACCCCCUCCUCCUCCACCUCCCCCACCUCCUCCCUCUCGCUGCAACCCCCUCAGCUCUCUCAUUGCGAUUAUGAGGAAAUCUUCCAAGGGAGGUAAAGCAACCCCCAAACUAGAGCAAGCCCCAGCAACUGAAGCUGUGGAUGAUGUCAAAGUGAAAGCCGUCAAUGAAAUGAUGGAGAGAAUUAAACACGGAGUGGUCCUCAGGCCUGUGAAGAGUCAGGACACUAAGCAUCUGCAGAGAUUUGGCACAAAGCAGCCGAUCCCAGCAGCAGCAGCAGCAGCAGCAGCAGCGGCAGCAGCAGCAGUUGUUGAGGAAAAGCACCAGGAAAGUGCAAUGGAAGAGCUGAAAGGCAUUCUGGAUACAGUGAAGAAGAGUCCCAGUCGUGGGUUUCAGGAAGUAGUUCAUGCUAAAAAGGACAGUGAACUGGAAGUAAUUCUGAGGAGGAGACGCAAACAGGCCUGUGAUCCCGACACAGAAGAUGAUGGGCAGCUGAGUAAAGUCUCCUCAUCAAACAGCCUGAAUGGGCGACACAGUUCUGACUCUGGCAAAGACACAGAAGGGCUGGGCAGCAGCUCUCUGUCAGGCAGUGAGCGCGGAUCAAGAACCAGCUCAGACUCGGGCCGAGAGCCAGCCAUGGCUCGACAGAGCUCAGAUUCUGGCAUGGAGUUCAAAGGAGGCGCUCAGACAGACAGUGUCUGCAGAUCUCUCUCUGAGAAAGAGCCCACUGAGACGGUCACCAACGGUUGCUGUUCAGGUGAAGUGAAGGACGGAGAUCCAGAGAAGUGGACGGGGCCCAACGGGAUUGGCCAUACGGAUGCAAGUGACGACCUGCAAACCAUCAGCUCCUCUGCACAAAGCCCCAAUGCAGCAAACGGUAGCACAGAUGCCGAAUGUUAACGGCAAGUGGCGCUGCAAGGACAGCUGCAUUAUUUGCACAAAACCAUGCUUUCAAAAUUAGUUUAUUCCAAAUUUAAAAUCAGCUGUUCAUAUUUUAAAUUACUGUAGAAAGGUCAUUUCAUCAUUUGCAGCUUGAUUACAAUUACAGAUUGAAUAAAAAAAAGAACAUCUUACCAGACACAUUUUUUGUUCCUUUCACUGAUAAUGUACUGUAUUUGCCUUUACCAAUAAACACAGGGUGUUUAGACGUUAGGAACAUCUGUCAUACACUUCAGAUUCAUUCUGCACAAUAGUUGCUAUUAGAUUCAUCUUAGAUUCAUGGAUUCAACAUCUGAGUCGCAUUUCCAUAAGAAUGCAAGCAAGGAAACUUUAAUGAUGAAGUGUGUAAAUUCUGUGCCACUAGCAGAAGAAUUUAAGUCUGUUUGAGAGACCUGAAUAAGGAAGUCUGUAAUACCUGAAGGAUCCUUUAGCAUUCCCAUUCAUCUCAAUUCACGGUGACGGUGAAGGACCCCAUGGAUAUACGUGAUUUAUGAUCUGCCAUCGUUGCAGCCAGUGUCCUCAUUCAUCCCCAAUGUUGUUCCAAAACCGUAUGGCUUUCUUUCCUCUGCGAAACACAAAAAGAUAUUUUGAGAAACGUCUCAGGCUGCAUCUGAAAUCGCAUACUUCCCUACUAUAUACACUGUAAAUGUGACGGACGUAGGCCGGUAAGAGCUGUGCGUGUAAACCUUACUCCCCUUGUUAGAGCGCCCGACUCCCAUGUGGAUGGACCGGGGUUCGAGUCCUGCUUAGAGUGGGUGGUUUCGAACAGGAGGAUUUACAUUGGUGCCGUGACCCGGAUGGGAGUGAGAUUUAGGGGGGUGAGUGUGAUGGACGUAGGCCGGUAAGAGCUGUGCAUGUAAACCUUACUCCCCUUGUUAGAGCGCCCGACUCCCAUGUGGAUGGACCAGGGUUCGAGUCCUGCUUAGAGUGGGUGGUUUCGAACAGGAGGGGUUACAUUGGUGCCGUGACCCGGAUGGGAGUGAGAUUUAGGGGGGUGAGUGUGAUGGACGUAGGCCGGUAAGAGCUGUGCAUGUAAACCUUACUCCCCUUGUUAGAGCACCCGACUCCCAUGUGGAUGGACCAGGGUUCGAGUCCUGCUUAGAGUGGGUGGUUUCGAACAGGAGGGGUUACAUUGGUGCCGUGACCCGGAUGGGAGUGAGAUUUAGGGGGGUGAGUGUGAUGGACGUAGGCCGGUAAGAGCUGUGCGUGUAAACCUUACUCCCCUUGUUAGACCGCCCGACUCCCAUGUGGAUGGACCGGGGUUCGAGUCCCACUUAGAGUGGGUGGUUUCGAACAGGAGGGGUUACAUUGGUGCCGUGACCCGGAUGGGAGUGAGAUUUAGGGGGGUGAGUGUGAUGGACGUAGGCCGGUAAGAGCUGUGCGUGUAAACCUUACUCCCCUUGUUAGAGCGCCCGACUCCCAUGUGGAUGGAACGGGGUUCGAGUCCCGCUUAGAGUGGGUGGUUUCGAACAGGAGGGGUUACAUUGGUGCCGUGACCCGGAUUGGAGUGAGAUUUAGGGGGUGAGUGUGAUGGACGUAGGCCGGUAAGAGCUGUGCGUGUAAACCUUACUCCCCUUGUUAGAGCGCCCGACUCCCAUGUGGAUGGAACGGGGUUCGAGUCCCGCUUAGAGUGGGUGGUUUCGAACAGGAGGGGUUACAUUGGUGCCGUGACCCGGAUUGGAGUGAGAUUUAGGGGGGUGAGUGUGAUGGAUGUAGGCCGGUAAGAGCUGUGCGUGUAAACCUUACUCCCCUUGUUAGAGCACCCGACUCCCAUGUGGAUGGACCGGGGUUCGAGUCCCGCUUAGAGUGGGUGGUUUCGAACAGGAGGGGUUACAUUGGUGCAGUGACCCGGAUGGGAGUGAGAUUUAGGGGGGUGAGUGUGACGGACGUAGAUCGGUAAGAGCUGUGCAUGUAAACUUUACUCACCUGAUCUCAAGAGGCGCUCUAGAGACUGCGGUCUUUAGCCUCCUUGUUAGAGCGCCCGACUCCCAUGCCGGCGGACCUGGGUUCGAGUCCCUCUUAGAGCGGGCAUUUCAAGCAGGAAGGGUUACAUAAACACAAAUAAUUUGGGCUAACUCAAAAAAAUUGAGGUAAUUAGUUACAUCCAAUUUUAAGUAAGCAGAACUAUCAAGUUUUGAGUUUGUAGUACUCACGCAUGUUAAUUGCUCCUAACU